CAAAAAGAAGGCAAAAAAAGAUGGGUUUUUCGAUUUGCAAGCAAAGCUUGAUUCUUUUGGUAGCAAUCUUCCAAUUAACACUAAACCCAAUCUUCAUCCAUUCAGCCAUCACUCCACAAAGCAGCAGCAGCAGCAGCACUGAGUUCAUUAAAACCUCAUGCAGCUCCACCACUUACCCUCGUCUCUGUUUCUCAUCCCUCUCACUCCACGCCACUUCCAUCCAAACAAGCCCUCGCCUUCUGGCCACCGCCGCCCUCUCUGUCUCCAUCUCCUCCGUCAAGUCUGCCACUACCCAAAUUCUCAAGCUCUCACACGCUCACGGCCUCUCUCCCCGAGAUGUCUCUGCUCUUAAUGAUUGUUUGGAAGAGCUGGGUGACUCUAUCGACUCCCUCAUCAGCUCCAUUUCUGAGAUGCCAAAGCUUCGAGGCAACGAUUUUGAUGUCGUUAUGAGCAAUAUCCAGACGUGGGUCAGCGCUGCCCUCACCGAUGAGACCACUUGUAGCGAGGGGUUUCAAGGGAAGACGGUGAACGGCGGCAUUAAGGCAGCGGUGAGGUCGAAGAUUGUGAACAUUGCUCAGUUGACUAGUAAUGCUAUUUCUUUGAUCAACCGGAUUGCUGAGCUGCAUUAGAUUGUUUGGAAUGUGUACCAUAUAGUACUGUGUGGGAUUUGAAAGAUGUAAUGGUAAGUAUGAAAAUUAGUCAGAAGGAAGAGUUUUAUGCAUAAAUUUUUAAUUUUCUGUUUGUACUUAAUAAAGUGUUCUGAUUAUUCUGGCA